AUGUCACCCGAAUCCAACUCUGUGGGCACACUGGCGUUUCCCUGUGUUGAUGGCUGCUACCUCCCUAAACAAGAAAAUGUAUUUGUCCAUACGGUGCUCGACGAGCUGGAUGCCUUUCAACAGAGAGACGACCAGAAGAGUGUCCUUCUCUUUCCACCUCUUCCAAGUCGACUUCGCUACUUGAUCCACAGAACGGUUGAGAACCACCUCAACCUCAGUACUUUUUCUGUCGGGGAAGGCUGGUGUCGCAGAGUGGUAGUCUGCUUCUCCCACCUCAGGUUGCCAUCUGAGGACGACAGCGACACCGACUCCAGUGCAUAUGAGGCUCCUCCCAGCCGGUACGAUCAGCCAAUGGAGAGCAGCCGAGCCGGGGAAGGGUUGUCGGAGCGGCGGCAUUCCCGCGGCCGAGGGGCACGUCGUCCUGACCAGGCCAUCUACGUCCCGCGGGCGCUGAGGGAGCGCAGUGGCGGCGGCGGGGAUCAGCAGGGGGUCACAACCUCAUCUCCUGCGGAGCGCGCGGAGAGCGUCUCGUCCACCCUCAGCCUCAGCACCUCCGACACCUCGGAAUCCUGCUCCGACUCCGCCGCAGCCAAUCAGCACCCAGCGCUGGACCCGCUCGACGAAUCGGGCGGUCAGGAACUGUUUGUGCAGUUGUCGGGCUCGGACCCCUGCCCCUGGCCCCCAGCGUGGGACCAGACGGUGUCGUACUUCGUCAGCAUGAGUUUGGACGACCAGGUGGAUGAGGAGCAGGAGGAGGAAGAGGAGGAAGACGCGAGUGUUAGAAGCAGCAGCAGCACAGGCGCGCCUCCCUCCAUCGCCUCCAGCAGCACGGAGAGCACAGCAGGAAACCUGACCCACGAGAUCCUGGCAAAGCUGACGGAGGAAGACAUCGGCAUUGAGCCAGUGCAGCAUGAUUACUCUUCCUUUGAGAACGUGUGGCUCAACGAGGAAGAUUUCUCCCACGUCAUUGAGAUCUAUGACUUCCCUGCCAUGUUUAAAACCGAUGACCUGAUGGACGCAUUCAGUGAUUACAGCGGUGGAGGUAUGAAGAUCAAGUGGGUGGACAACACGCAUGCGCUCGGCGUUUUCUCAAAUGAAACAGCAGCUGCACAGGCCCUGUCCAUCAGACACCCUCUACUGAAGACCCGCCCUCUCUCAAAGGCCAGCAAGAAGUCCAAAGGGAAAGCCGUCAGGCGAGCAGAGUUCAUCCAGCCGGUAAAGGAGCGGCCGCGCACAGACACGGCAGCAGCACGCCGCAUGGUUACCCGAGCCCUGGGACUGCAGCGUGGGGGAACCAGAGGCAAACGCUUCUGAUGCACUUGCACAGGGUUGCCCAAUCUGGACUGUGACAUCAAUGGAAAUUCUUGUCUGUAACUCUGUGAUCUCCUUCAAACUGAUGUGUUCAACCAUCCCCUAAUGUAUUUUAAAUGUAAGCCGUCCAAAAGUUUUUGUUUUUUUUUGUCAUUGGAUUUCCGGACUAGCUCCAUUAGCUGUGUACCCAUCCCCUCCACAAUCCACAUAGGACAUAUCAUAGGACAUAUACUGUUACCGUUUCUGACAGUUGAGAAACCCUCAAUUUAGUUACUUCCAUUUUUAACAGCAAUAUACCUGUAUAGCUAACACCACAAUGAUGGCUCAGACUGCCACAUCUCUUUGUAGAACAAUGAUCUUGCAAAACCUUUAAAAACAUGGCCUCAAGGUAUUUGCACUUUUAAUGUUUCUAGUCGUUCUGGAAGCUCUACCAAAUGUAGCUCUACUUUUGAAAGGUGUGUGCACUGGCAUCCCUGCUGAUCAGGGAGUAAUUAAUUCUAAUGACUAAUGACCUUUUAAUGUUGGGUUUCUCUUCCUGUAAAAGCAGAAUGUCACGAUUGUCACACCUAACCGACUGGUAUAUAGUGUUUUUAAACCACAAUUAGCUCAAUUAAUAUAGGCAUCCUUUCAACUGGAAGACAAAAUGUUUUUUUUGUUUUCAUUUCCAAAAGAUUUGACUUUGACUUUAUUUUUUAAAGUCUAAUGGGAAUUAUUUGUUUGUUUACUUAGUGUAUUUUGGCUUAGUGUUUAUUUUGGCUUGUUUGUGUGUUUAAAAAAAAACAAAAACAAAAAACAGGCAAUCCCUCAUCCUCCACCUGGCAAGAGUCCCACCCAUUUUCCUGGAAACUCGACAAAUUAACUCGCAGAAUGGAUAUUAAAUGGACCGUGUAAUUCACACAAACACAACUUGUCACACAGUAUUUCUUCCCCUUCUAGCAGAUACACUAAUUGAUUUUGUUCAGUCUUUUGUGUAACUAAGUAUUUUUAUGUCGUUAUUUUGUACAGUAAAAUAAAGAACAUAUUCGAUUUUUAA